UUGUAUAAGUUGUUGAACAAUAAAAUAAUACUCUAUAUUCAUUGUUUUAUUUACCAUUAAUGAAAAACGCCUGUUUUUACCUAGAUCGAGCCUACCAUUUGGGUGUGGUGGUGUGUAAAAUCAAGCUGACAUACUGUUUCCCUGAUGUGCCUUCAUAUCUGAGGUAAUCAGACCUUGCCUGCGUAGGGAGCUAUUAAAAAUGGCGACCAACGAAUUAACAGAGGAUUAUCUGGAAGGGCAAGUUCUGUUUUGGAGGAAAGAUAUCACGAGGUGCAUACAGAAACCAACCCUCGUCUCCCAACUGACCGCUCUUGAUGUCAUAAGUCACGAUGCAUCAAUGAAACUUCAUGACGUCUUUACAAAAAGUAUUGCUUUAGUUGCUGCUGACAAAUUGAUUAAAGCCGUCUACAAGAGCAAAGCACCUAACAACUGGUCUUCCUUUCUUAAAGCACUGAACGAGGAAGGAUUAGUGUUUAAAAGAACUCAUAGAAAAAGGCGCCCACGAAACGCCAGAAGAACGCGAACAUGGUCGUAAAAUGAUUUAGAUUUUUGUUCCUGAACUUGAGAGACGUGUUGAACCUAUCGAUUUGUUGCCUGACUUAAUUUCACAAGAUGUAAUAGAUGAAGACGACGCAGAAGCGGUACGUAUGCUGCAAGCGAAUAAUGGUAGAAGUUAUGCGGUUGUAUGCCUGUACAGACGAAUGCAGAGUCGUUUACGCCCUGCGCAAUGGUACUACGAGUUUCUCUGUGUUCUUCAACAACGAGGAUAUGAAGACAUUCUGGAAAUGAUGGAACCGCAAUUUUUGGAAUCACCCACUGUCUAUAUCCCAAAGCUAGGGGAUAAUCGGAUACCGAAGAAGCCAUCCAGAUGUAAUGAUGAGACUGAACAUGUUUUAGAAGAAGUUUACUAUCCCAGUCAGUAAACGGAUCUAAAGUCCAAUCCAUCGUUCUGGAAUGCAAAUUUGAAUACUCAACAUAGAUCUGCUGGAGGCUGGUUUUAUGAUCCCCGAACUGCAACGAUGUCCCUUGAGCCGGAGACAAUUUCUGAGUCGACUUUUCAUAACAGGGAUCGAAUGCAUUUGCUUUACCCCACAACAUGGGGCAGGACUUGGCCAGAACUAAUGGUUGGUCUAGGAGGCCGUCAUUGUCGUCCAUGUCAAUAUCAUCAGAAAGCUCUUCACACAUUUCCGAUGAUGCUAGCACUGACGACGGUCGUCUGCAUUUGCAAGUGGAUCACGCUAAACGAAUUACCGGAAACCGAAAUGACAUGCGUAUACAUCGAAAUCCUGAAAAAUAUGUCAGCUAUGACGACAGUUCAUCGUCUCAGUUUGAUCCAUCAGAAGACACUGAUACAUUCUGCUCUGACGAAGAAUCUUCAUUGUAUGACGACAUCGAAACUAUGGAUGAUACAGCAGAAGAUGAUAUUGGAAAUUUCGAAGAUAGUUUGGAGGAUUUCCAACUGGAGCUUGCGGAAAAGGCUCUACAAGGUCACAAUACGAUUAUCUGGUCGCCAACAAAUACAGGAAAAACUUUCGUGGCCUUGAAAAUAAUGAAGGAUCAUCUUGUUAAUCACCCUGGAGAGACAGCUCUAACAAACCCCGAAAUGGUUUCCGUAAUAAACAACAACAAGACUAUUCAAGAUAGGGAGUCCCCGGCAUAUUACAAAUGGGCGAUGGAUGUGGACCGCACGGCAUUGGAGAAAGUUAAACAUGAUAGAACCUGCCGAGACAUGCGCGCUUGCGCUAGCUACAUAACGAUUUACGCUGCUGCAUUGGAAAUAAACACGCUACUAGAAACGGAAGACAUUGCGAGGUAUCUUGCAAUGAGAAACAAAAGUGAAACCGAAGCCAGUGAAAAGCUUACGGAACUAGAAAGUAAACUGCUAAGGCCGUUCAAAAGAGUACAAGCUAACAUGUUAAAUGUGAGCAAAACUACCGGAACUAAUCCGAACGUGAGAACAGUCUGUGACAAAUUGAAAGAAAUGAUGAGUAAGGACGAGGUCGGCUCUAGAGCUUUGAUAAUGGUGAAGGCACGUGCCACGUCUCGUGCGCUGGCAACAUUUAUCAACAAAGACUUUAAGUCGUAUGGAAUCCGCGCCAAAGAGCUUUAAGGACAUGCGGAUCUGGGCGGAGAAGAAGGAAUGGACCAAACAAUGCAAAAGACCAUUCUUGAUCAGUUCAACAAAGGUUAUUACAAAGUCCUCGUAUGCACAGCUGUGGGGAACGAAGGACUUCAUACUCCAGGUUGCAACAUUGUAAUAAAUUACAAUGUCUUGGGCAACGAAACGACAAAGAUUCAAAUUCCAUGUUAUAUAAGCGCCGUUCUGUGUUUAGUGAAUACAUACAAUCUAAACCCAAACUUAUAAAUGGAAAACGUAUUAAAGCAGUGGCCACAACUUAAGUCAUUUGUAUAUUAGCGACAUGUUGUUUGUAUUAUCCUGUAAUAGGCAUUUUUAUUAACUUGUUUAGCAUAUAAGACUAGCUGAUGGUAAAACGAAUUUCACCCCUGACGAGAUUUCUGGAGUUGUAUAAAUGUUAUUCUAAAUUUUAUUAAGUAAAUUGACCACUUGUUUAAAUGUAAAAGCAAGCUUACAUAUAUAUUUAAUUGUAUGUGAAGGUAGAGUAUAUUGCUCAUUUAUAUUUAUUGUUACUGUUUAAGGGCGCGCACGAAAGCCAAAUUCGACACUCGUACUUGUCGGUACAGAAAAAAUGUUCGACCACGAUCGCAUGAACGCAUUUAAAGUUUAACUGAUGAAUCAGGCAGUCAUGCAAUUUAAAGGCAUGGAAAUAAAUGAGUUGUCGGUGCGAGUUUCUGCACAACAGAAUAAACUGAGGAAUGCCAAUAUUUCGAAGUUGGAACUCAGGGAAAUGAAAACCAACAGGAAGUCAAAAGCAGUAGAUUACAUGAUAAAGUGUCAGCGGUGCAAGACCCAUAUCUGUAUGAGUUCUGAAAUUCGAAUCCUUGGCACAGGGCGUUUUCCGAUAAAUUUCGAAGUCAUAAAACACGUCGAAUUGAGUGAACUUAGAAAAGUCACGAGUUUUAAUGGAAUAAAAUUGGUGAAGUCAGCUCAUUGCAAAAGGUGCCUGUGAUAUGGGGAACAGUAGCCGAAACGAAAGGUUUGGCGUUGAUUUUUUUUAUCAUGUGUCGCUGUUGUGUUUGGGAGCACUGGCUCGAGCCGAUCUCAGUUCUUUAAGAAAUGAGACGACGUUCCAUAUGACUUUCCAACAAUGGACGCGGCGGAUAUCGCUUGUGACUUUGAAAAAAGCUGGAUGAAUGAGUUGUAAUGCGCCGCUAAAACAAUCAAAAUAUCUAUUAUUGUGUUGCUGCGCACAUUUAUCUAGAUAUAGUUAAAGUACAAUCAAGAAAUGACACAGACAUGCGCCUAAUCUUAUGAUGUUGUUUGUUAAUUUUUUGCGGACACUGGAUUUAUUCGUAUGAUCUGCUACACUGACGUUAAUAUUACACUAUUAGGACGGUUAGUGUAUUCUGAUUUUGUGUCCAAUAUAUCGUGUUCUGACAGUUUGAUAUUUUGUGUACAUCAUGUUGAAACAAUAUUUUUGCUUACGUUGGCGUAAUAAGUUAUGUUCGUAAAAUCUGUUUAUGUUGUUUUGAAUAGAACUCACGCGGGUCAUUCAAGUAUUAAGCGAAAAAAACGACAUAUAUGUUAAUUGGACUCAAUUCUAAAUAACUACACGAAAAUAAGUGUAUUCUUUGAAAAGAUAUACUUUAUUAUAAUUGAAAUUGGCAUAUGUGCCUUUUUAAUUGAAUAUGGCCUUUGUAUGCAAAAACUUGUGAAAAUGCUUUGUAGCUAUUUGCAAUACAGUGUGUUGUUUGUUUCAGUUUGAUGUUUUUGAUGUAAUUUCCUUUUUUAUUUAGAAAAUGUCAGAUGUUAACAUAAAAACAUGUUUAAGGAACUUUUCAAUUUUAAAAUGUUAUCUUUUUAUCUAGUCUCUGCAUUAGAGAAAGCCUUUCUACAAUAUCAAUACACAUUUUUAAAAUAAUAAAACUUCCGAAGCUUUGAAAGAUCUCGAUAUAUAUGUUCAUGAUUUGAUAGAUUAAAAAAAGGAUUUUGUGUUAUUUCAGAACACUUAACGGCAUGUAAGAACGAGAACAACCGUGCUAGAUCUAGAUUUCACAAAACAGUUGUGCAGAAACUAUAAACAAUAAAAUACAUUUAAUGCUUAGUUUAAUAUUAGGCAUCAGACACGUACGCAAUAACGAUAUGUUUUACAACAGGAACAAACGGUAAUAAUAUGUUUUACAUCAGUAACAAAGGGACAACGAUUCAAAUAGUGUCAUGUUGUACAACUGUAACAAAGUAAUACGAUGCUUAUAUGUUGUAUAACAGUAACGAAGGAACGACGAUGCAAAUAUGAGGUUCAACAGUAGAAAAGUAACGACAAUACUGAUAUUUUGCACAACAUUACCAAUAUUUGACAAUAAUUUAUGAUAUUAGCAAUGAUACGUUGUACAAAAGUGAAAAAGUAACGACAAUACGAAUACAGUCAUGUUCAACAGUAACAAAGUAACGACGAUACUAAUACCCAUGGAUACACAAGUUACAAAGUAACGACGAAACUAACACUGAUAUGGUGUACACAAGUUACACACUAUCGGCGAGACAAAUACUGAUAUGUUGUACAAUUUACAAAGUAACGGCGAGACUUAUACUGAUAUGUUGUACACAAGUUACAAAUUAACGACUACAUUUAUACUGAUAUGUUGUACACAAGUAACAAAGUUACGACGAAACUAAUACUGAUAUGUUGUACACAAGUUACAAAGUAACGGCGAGACUAAUACUGAUAUGUUGUACACAAGUGACAAAGUAACGACGACACCAAUACUGAUAUGCUGUUAACAAGUUACAAAUUAACGACGAAACUAAUUGUUGUGUAUGUGGGAUAACAUAAACAGAGAACAACGCAGUACGUUUGGUUGCUAUUUUAAUACUACAUCGUAUGACCAGUGGUGAGCAUGGGAACACUUUCGAGAAGUGUCUGACUGCUGACCUCUGUUGAUCUUAAUUGAUCGACAUGUCGUUUCCAUAUCACGCCGUUUCCAACAUCAACUUUGUAUAAAAGCGGUCCGUCGCGCGAUAUAAUGCACCCACUGAUCCAUUUAUCUCUUGCUGGGUCGGUGGUAGUACCGAAGGCUAUAGACGCGCCUCAGCUCUAUCUCCCGGUGCAGCUGUAGACUUGUAUUUAUUUCUUGAAGUUUUUUGUGGACUCCCGCGGCGAGUGCCCGUGCAUGAGCUGAGGGAGUACCCAGGAGGCGAUUGUUUUAUAUAAUUUCUUACUAAUAGCAGUAGUUACUAAUUUUUUGUCUUAUAUAUAUUUUCACUUAGGUGUGUGACACAUUUUUGUUUUACAUAAUUAUAAAAUAGCUUUGAAAAUCUCUUUUUAAAUACUAAUUAAGACCCGCUUAAUUUAAUCCCUUAAUGACUUAUUAUUGUAUUGCUUAAUUGCUUUAAAUAGUAAUAUAAAUGUUAUUUAUAU